UCAAAUGUCAAAGUCUAAAAACGUCAAGAGGCAAGAGUACAAAGCACAAACAGAAAAUUGCGCUAAAAUGCAAAAUUAUUACUAUAUUGUACCUAGGUACCUACAUAAGCAACGACGCAAUCAUACCAAAAUAAUCACAAUUCACAAACAAAGAUUUGUACUAUAGGUAUCUAUUAACCAUUAAUAAAUGUGUUUUUACUAAAAAUAGGUGAGUCAAUGAUUUGCAUUUCUCAAAUGAGUGUGCAUAAGUAGUCUGAGAAAGUUAUGUGAUGAACAGAGGUGUUUAAUUGAAGAUAAUUCAAAAUGACUCUACCACAGGAAACCGACGAAUUUAAAACUUUACCAGAUGAGUUGAUAAUAUCAAUUUUUAAAUUGCUGCCAUUGGAUUCAUUAUUAGCAUGCGAAGAAGUGUGCAAGCGAUGGAAGAAGCUAGCCCAGGAUGCUUCUAUCUGGAGAUCCAUACUCAUAGUAUAUUCAGGAAAGCCUGGACAGAGUGAAGUUAGUGAAAGGAAUCUAGAAAUCAUUUCAUCUCAAAGUCAAAAUAUUUUUCGUCUCAAGUUGCAGUAUGUGUAUAACUACCAAUUUAUAAAAUCAAUAUUACAAGAAUGUGAUAACAUCAUAUCACUGGAUCUUGUUAUGUGUCGAAUUAGCAAAGAGUUUCAAGAUGAAGUUAAAAGAUGGCCUGAUCUCAAAAGACUAAAUUUGAAAAAUUCACUUUUACUUACCUCCAAUGAAGAUGUAUUGAUUCAGUAUGAUCAAUUUAAAAGUCUAAAAUACUUAGCCUUAUCAGAUUUUGGAUUGACAAGUUCUAAUUGGAAUAGUUUGAUAGACUGUUCCUUUCUGAGCAAUAUACUUAUUGAAAAAAUUAGAAAUCUUAAUGUUGACUAUAUCAAACAAUUAAUAUUCUCAAAACAGCAUAUCUUGGAGACAUUUCACAUCUAUGGAGGUGAUUCAGUAGAUGAUAAAUGUUUGCAACUGUUGUCAAAAUGUAAUCUUCUCAGAGACUUAGCAAUAAUCAGAUGUGAGAAUCUUUCUGAUGAGGGUUUGGUAGCACUAACAAAUCUAAAAUCUGUAGAACAUUUACAGGUUUGGAAUAACAAUAAUUUUACUGAAAUGAAUCUACUGAAAACUUUGAGUAGCCCCAAUUUGCUUCGAUUACAAAGCCUGAGCUUGUCCAGGAUAGGGAAUGUAUCUCCUGUUAUUGUUGAUGUAAUUUCAGAGUACUAUAAACAUUUGAAAUUCUUAGCAUUAUAUCAAUGUCCAAGGAUAAUUAACACUGAUUAUGAAAAACAAUUGAAAUCUAAAUUUCGUAAUAUUGAUGUUGUUUUGUAUUGAUAUUGUUUAGUCAUAAAAUCAUUUUAAAUUAUUGUUGUGUUGUGUAAAUUUGAAAUAAAUUUCUUAAUCUCUUCAAAUAGAAUAGUCUGUUUCAAAAUGCUAUUGAAUUUCAAGCUAAAUAUUUAAUCAAGCCUAACUUGGUAUAAGAAUAAUUUUAUUUGAAUUUGUUGUUACUCAUUCUAAAUAAUGGAUCUGUGUCUUUGAAUUUUAAUGAAGCAAGAAACGUUUUUUUUUAAUUAUAAAAAAGGUAUGUACCUCUAGGUUAUAUAAUAAUAAAAUGUACUAGUCAUUUUUAGGAAUCUUAUGAAUUUUUGAUUUCUUGAAUUUUCCAUUUUAAACCCUUUUACCAAAGAUUAAUAUAAAGUAAAAUAUUUAAUCCUACACAAUAUAUAUUUUGUCGCUGUUGUGAACUACUACAAUAUGUUACUACAUACUACAACCUUUGGUUUGUUAAACUAGUAUCUAGGUAUAAGAGGUUUUUUAAUAAAACAAAAUAUUUAAAUUCCACUUAAUCCAUUUAUUCACUGUAUAAAUAAUGGCAAUUCAUAAAAAAAUUAACAGAAAACAAUGCAGCUAUUCAAGUAUCUCAUUGAAAAGAAUCCGCAAAGCUUUAUCAAGUUUUAAGUAUUCUUGAAGUGAAAAAUAUCUUAUAGUCGAUAUGUAAAUCAGAGCAGUAAUAUUUUUGUGAAGUUUCACAAUUACAUCAUUGUUGAAUGAGUGUAUACUACUCAUAAUUUUAAUAGUAAAUUCAUAGAUUCUAUGCUAAGUUGUGUCUUGUGUCCCAUUUAUUAGAUAACUUUAUCAAAAGAAGAGAUAAAAAUGCGUGUAAAUAAAUGGUAUCUUCACUUGUUUUAUAACUUGAAUUAUUGUUGAUUCUAUUGAAAAAUCCCCUCAUAUUUUUUAAUGAUUGAGUACAAUAAAUUUAACUGCAAAAUGUGUCAGGAUUAGAAGGACGUAUUACGCUCUGAGGAUAUUAAGUUGCGCUGAAGAGGUGGGCAUAGAAAGUAAAUAAAGUAAUUCUACUAAAAAGCAAGAAGGUUAUAGUCACGUAGUUAAUAUUUUCCACAUGAUUGCAAUUAACUUGGACUCUGAAUGUAGUUUUAAUAAGCAACUACAAAACAGACAUUGCUAUAUAUUUUAAACUACAAUAAGAUGAACUACCUAUUUUUACAAAUUAAAGUAUGUCAACAAAACUAUGUCACACCAACAUACAUAACUGUAUAUUAUACCUUUCAGAUAGUUUGAUACAGUAAACUGUAUAAAACAUAUACCUACAUCACAAUUUCUUUAUGUUGUGUUUCAAACAUAUCACAGCAUCCUACACAUUUGGUUCUUUCAACAUUCCAAUAAAUCUAAAAAAAUGACUCAAUACAAGUAAUAUUUUGAAUGAAUAACUGAAACAUACUACAGUUUUUACUAUUUACAAAUUGGUUGGCAAUAUGGGACAUUAAGAACAUUUAGCUACAUUUAUCUAAAAUAUUCCUACACAAAUUUUGAAAUGUGAUUUAUUUUGUUCUAUUUAUAUAUUUACUUCAUUUUUCUGCUCAUUUUUGGUUUCUAUCAGGAACAUUAUUCUAAAAGAACAUAAAAUAAUAAACCUAUGUAAAUAGUUAAGGUAAGAAAGAAUUUGUUUACUAACUUUAUUUACACCAUUUUAAUUUUAUGACGAUUAAAUUGCAGCCUAUAAAGAUAUUAUUACAAUCAAAACUUGAAUACAUUAUCGUAUUUUGUUUUAUAAAAAUAUAUUCGUAAA